CUCCCCGCACACAGGCCCUUCUCGGUGCCUCAUCACUUCCUACCUCAGCCUCUUCCUCCUCCGAGCGGUUAAUCCGACAACCCGCCCCCGCGGACUGCACCGGGUUUUCUACGGACCAGCCAGGGAGGCGGAGAGGCCUUCACCACCCUAUUGUCUGUGUCCAAUGAACUCACCUUUGUAUUUUUGAUGGCCUGCAGCCGCACCAUGAAGAGGAUGGACUUAGAAUUAAGAGCAGCAAUGAAUGUGGAACACGAGGUUAACCUCUUAGUGGAGGAAAUUCACCGUUUGGGUUCAAAGAAUGCUGAUGGGAAGUUAAGUGUGAAAUUUGGGGUCCUCUUCCGAGAUGACAAAUGUGCCAACCUCUUUGAAGCAUUGGUAGGAACACUCAAAGCUGCAAAACGAAGGAAGAUUGUUACAUACCCAGGAGAGCUACUUUUGCAAGGUGUUCAUGAUGAUGUUGACAUUAUAUUGCUGCAAGAUUAAUGUGGUUUGCAUAUCAUUGUUAUUUUCUGGUAAACUGGAAUAUUUUCAAGUCAGAGGAAAAACAUGAGCAUAGUUAAUGUAUUUUUAUAGAACUUUGUAAACAAAAGGAGACUCAUUUUAGAAGUCCAUCCUUUUCAUAUCUUGAAAGAAAAUUUAUGUAUUACACUGUAAAAUAAACAAAACUGAUUAUUUUUCUCAGGAAUCUGGUUGAAAAAUGUAGGCAUUGAGGUUUUUGUGGUGGGCGUGUGAGAGUUUCAUAAAUCAUUCUUAGACAAUUUCCAUAGAUAAUUGAUAUUCUGUGAAAGCAAGAAGCAAACUAAAGACCAGCUCCCACAAGGAAUAUUUUAAUGUUUAUGUAAUAAAAACAUGUUACUAUCUUAAAA